AUGGAUGGGAAUCGAAAGACUGCAUCUAUCCGAGUCCGGAGUCGGCCGCUUCAAGUGAUGCUCAAUCAGAGGAAGAUUAAAGCGAGGAGGAAAAAGCGAAAGGAGCUGUUCGGUGGACAGAUAUGCGUGAUGGGACUGCUGCUGAUGGCUGUGUCGGGGCUGUCGUUUUUGGCUGAAGAAGCAGGUUACUGGAUACCUGCUUUGGCUUCAGGGGCUGCGGAGAAGUGGGACAGUCGCAGGCUCCUGCAGGACAGCAACGAUACCGACUACCUGCCCCGCAACUGCACCCCACCUGCUCUACAUGAAUUCCCCACAGACCUGUUCUCUAAUGAUGAGCGGAUGGAGGGAGCGGUGGCUCUGCACGUCCUGUGUGCCAUUUACAUGUUCUACGCGCUGGCAUUGGUGUGUGAUGACUACUUUGUGCCAUCUCUGGAGAAGAUCUGUGAGCGCUUACAUCUCAGUGAGGAUGUGGCUGGAGCAACCUUCAUGGCAGCAGGCAGCUCGGCUCCAGAACUCUUCACCUCUGUCAUCGGUGUCUUUAUCACGAAGGGUGACGUUGGCGUUGGCACCAUCGUUGGCUCUGCUGUUUUCAACAUCCUCUGCAUUAUAGGGGUCUGUGGCAUCUUCGCUGGACAGGCUGUGCGGCUCUCGUGUUGGGCAUUAAUGAGAGACUCGGUGUACUACACUAUCUCCGUGACCACUCUGAUUGUGUUCAUCUAUGAUGAGAAAGUGACAUGGUGGGAGUCUCUGUCGCUAAUUUUGAUGUACCUAGUUUACAUUAUGAUAAUGAAGUUCAACUCUAAUGUUGUGCGUUUCAUUGAGCGACGGAAGAAAAACUCCGCCAAUCUGGGAAACGGUACGACCAGUAACACGGACCUUGACGACGGCUGCGAUGCCACAGUGGUGCUGCUUAAGAAAGCGAACUUCCACAGAAAGCCGUCAGUGCUGAUGGUGGAUGAGCUGUUGUCUGCAUAUCCACACCAGCUUUCCUUCUCUGAGGCCGGGAUGAGAAUCAUGAUCACCAGCCAUUUCUCACCUCGAACCCGCCUUACCAUGGCCUCCCGCAUGCUUAUCACGGAGAGGCAGCGUCUGAUAAACGGGCGCUUCAGUAAUGGAGACUCUGAGGUGACUGUGAAGAUUCCUGGGAGGCGGGGUCUGGAGAACGGGCUGCCAGGGGUGGAGUCAGGCUUAAACGGGCGGAGAGGGCUUCGCCGUGACGAUGACAGGGGUGGGGCGGACGCGGGCACGGAUACGGAAAACGAAAACGAGGAUAACGAGAACAAUGAGAACGAUGAGGAAGAGGAGGAAGAAGACGAGAACGAGGGGCCUUUUGUUCCCUUCCGCUGCCCAGGUGGGAUCUGUAAUAAGCUGAAGUGGCUGCUGGCCUGGCCGCUGACUCUGCUGCUCUUCUUCACCGUGCCGAACUGUGCCAGUCCACGCUGGGAGCACUGGUUUAUGGUCACCUUCUUCAUCUCCACCCUCUGGAUCGCUGGCUUCUCCUACUUCAUGGUUUGGAUGGUCACGGUUAUCGGGUUUACACUGGGCAUUCCAGACGUCAUCAUGGGCAUCACCUUCCUCGCAGCUGGCACCAGCGUCCCAGACUGCAUGGCCAGCCUCAUCGUGGCACGCCAAGGUCUGGGGGACAUGGCGGUGUCUAACUCUAUUGGGAGUAAUGUGUUUGACAUCCUUGUGGGACUGGGUCUACCCUGGGCUCUUCAGACUCUAGCCAUUAACUACGGGACUGUAAUUAAACUAAACAGCAAGGGUCUGAUUUUCUCCGUGGGACUGCUACUGGCAUCCGUGUUUCUCACGGUUAUGGGUGUGCAUUUUAACAAAUGGACCUUGAACCGUCGUCUUGGUUACAUAUGUCUGCUGAUGUACGCUGUCUUCUUGUGUUUCUCCAUCCUCAUCGAGUUCAACGUUUUCACCUUCGUCAAUUUACCCACGUGUCGAGAGCACUGA